UCAGCAGAGUGUCCCUCCCCCGUUUGCAGCCAGACACACCGCCGGUGACUCGUCACUCCGCGGUGGAAGAUGGCUGCGGCGGACCGGCCCCCGAUCAGGGAAGGGAUCCGGAUUUUUUUACUCUGUGUGUGCUGGUACACAGUGAGCUCGGGAGGCAACAUCGUCAACAAAAUCAUCCUCAAUGGAUUCCCAUACCCGGUCACUGUGUCUCUGUUUCACAUCAUCUCUAUCGUCGUCUUCCUCCCGCCGUUGUUGCGGGCAUGGGGAGUCCCCAAAACAGAACUGCCGAGCAGGUACUACCGGUGGUAUAUCCUGCCUUUAGCCUUCGGAAAAUACUUUGCAUCUGUGUCGGCUCACUUCAGCAUAUGGAAAGUACCGGUUUCAUACGCGCACACCGUCAAAGCCACAAUGCCAAUAUGGGUUGUGCUGUUAUCAAGAUUAAUCAUGAGGGAGAAGCAAACCACAAAGGUUUACGUAUCGCUCAUCCCCAUCAUCGGAGGAGUGCUGCUGGCCACGGCCACAGAGCUCUCCUUUGAUGUCUCAGGGCUCAUCAGCGCACUGGCCGCCACGCUCUGCUUCUCCCUGCAGAACAUCUUCUCCAAAAAGGUGUUGAGGGACACAAGGGUGCAUCACUUGAGGUUGCUCAACGUUCUUGGCUUUAAUGCCGUUAUCUUCAUGCUGCCCACGUGGGUCCUGGUGGAUCUGUCUGUGUUUCUUGUAAACGGAGACCUGACCGACAUCUCAGGAUGGACGAGCACCUUUAUCCUCCUGCUCAUCAGCGGCUUCUGUAACUUCGCUCAGAACGUCAUCGCCUUCAGUGUGCUCAACCUCGUCAGUCCUCUCAGCUACGCCGUCGCCAACGCCACCAAGAGGAUCAUGGUCAUUAGCAUCUCACUGCUAAUGCUGCGCAACCCAGUCACUAUCACAAACGUCCUCGGUAUGAUGACGGCCAUCGUGGGCGUUUUCCUCUACAACAAGGCCAAGUAUGACUCCAACAAGGAGAAGAAGCUGCUGCCCAGCACCAAGGAUGACCUGAUGUCUUUUGACAACCCAGCGCUAGAGAAGAUCCAGGCCAAUGGCUCGGGGCCGUUCCCCCAAGGCGCAGAGCAGCAGAACAGCUGGAACAAUGUGCUGACUGACCACUUCCAGUACAGCCGGCAGACAUACACGACGAACUACAGCAGCAACCACCAGUACGUGGUGUGAGGGAGGAGGCGGUUGUAGGCAUUAACUGUGUAGCUGCCCUCCCUGUCGCGGGUUCUCUCUGCCCCACACACCAGACUGAAGGCAAGUGCUGUUUUUAGUGGAUAGGAAGAAUGAGAAGAGUUGCUCAUGACGGGCCGAUGACAUGAGCUCUCCCACACGCCUCCCUGUCCAAACUUCACUUCCUGUAUGUCAUUGCAAAUUUGUAACUUUGGUACCAGCUGUAUGGUAAAAGCUAAAUCGGCUGUUUUCAGACCCUUUGGUGACAGAUUUGAUCCAGACAUAGAGAAGUGCCACACAGAUGGGCACAUAACAGGUAGUUCUAAUUAAUUUUCACCUUCCUAUCUGGAAAUAGGGUGUUCUUUCACCAGCUGUAAUUUGUUUUGGUAUGUUUGUUCAGUGUCAGAGGAAGAAUAUCAGCUGGUAUCAUUUACUGUGAGCGUUAACAUGAACCAAAACAAGAGUCAUGUUACAUAUCAUGUAGGCAGCUCAGUGAAACAGGCCUUAACAUUUCAGGUUUUGGCAUUUUCAUGUUCAAGCUUGUCAUUUUUCUUUAAAAGGCACCUGUAAUGACCGGUCAGGAAUACUUUUUUAAAAUUUAUAUUUCAAUUGAAAAAAAAAUCCACAAUUCAGAGGCUUAAGGCUGGGUACACAUUUGUGGACAGAAGAGUGAUUUAGGUAACAGUCACCUCAGCUAUACUUUGUGUUUAGUGCUAAUUGGCUAUCAUUAGCAUACUGCUAUGCUAUGCUAACAUGUUGAACAUAUCAGCAUGUUAGCAUUGUUAUUGCCUCACAAAGCUGCUAGCACAGCUCUUAAUUUUCUUAACUCACUGAAUGCCCUCACCUUAUGAAGAGGCUCAUAUUUACAAGUGCCUGAUGAGGAAAAAUGCCCACUUUAAGAUGAUCAAAAUCCAUUAAUGCUGUCUGCCGAGGAAAGUUUCUGGUAAACCUGUAGCAUACAUGGACCAGUGAAAAAAUCAGCCACGAUUGUCAGCAAAAGUUUUAACUCACCGCUGUCACAGAACUAUCUUUUCUGAAAUGCGCACACACCUCACUACACAGCCCUGCUUCUCUUAUCUGAUGACUUUUCUCUAAAUCAGAGUGACUGUCAAAAUUGUUCAACUUUGGUACUUUUCAAUACCGUGUUUUCAAAUGAUCACUGUGAAUGGUUAAUGGACUUUGCUUGUGUAGCACUUAUUCUAGUCUUCUGACUACUCAAAGUGCUUUUUAGGCUAGAGAUAUAUUUGUGGUUUCACCUUGCAUCAAAUAUACAGAACUGUGCAGAACUUUUAGGCAUUUUUGGGCCAGUAAGCCGUCUGAGGGCACCAUCGGGCAGGGAGGAGGAGUGCCACAACCCCGGUCAUGCUUGGAUGUCCUUGCAUAUAACCAGGGGCAUGGGAAAAUAAUCUGUUGAAAAAAAACAACAACGUGAACAAAGUCAACACCUUUAGGGUGGAUGUGGUUAGUAAGCAUGGCAUUGGGUACCAUCAGGAUAGGUAGAAGGGUUGCCAUGAACUCCUGGUUGUGCUCUGGAUGUCUCAAGGGCCCGAAAACCACCAGCGGUCCCUGUACGUACCAUACUGCAUCUUGCAUACAUGUCACACUAAUUUUUUGAAGAUGUGUACAACUGACAGUACGGCUGUACUGGAACUUGGCUGCCAUGAGGCAGACACAUGAGCAUAGUUAACAGCAAGUAUAUCUCCAGUCUUACAAGUCACACUUCCCCUUUAGAGCCAGUUCACUCCACGUUCACACACUAAUGGUAAAGGCUGCUCUGUAGAUCAGUAUAAGCUAAUCGUGUUCAUACUCAUCCAUGCACAUGUGAUAGUAAGCAGUUGUCUUGCCACACAUUAACAUGAGACUAUAGAAGGUGGAGAUUGAACCCACAACCAAUACGAGAUGAUCAGCUGUACCUGCUGAGCCACAGUUGCUCCAUGUUAAGAAAUCCAAGUAUCGAAAAGUACCAAAGCUCUAAAACAUUGCAUUAAUAUCAUAAGACAGGUGCAUAGGAGAGGAAUGAAUCCACUAGAAAUUGCAAGCAAACCCCUUCACAUCUUUGUAGUCAUGCAAUUUAGACAUUUGUUUGCCUGCAACUUCUGGUAAUAAAAACAAGGAAUUACCCAAUAUUGGGUGCCAGGGUCUUGUAUUUUUGUUGCUGGGACAAACAGUUAUCAGUUAGAUUUUUUUUGUUAUGUUUUUAAAAAAGUAUAAAACUCUGAUAUCAUGACGACUCCUGAAGUGAGACGAGUUCUUUCACCCAGAACAGUCAGUGACCUCCUGCGGAUUUGUCUUUUCCCCAAAAAUCAACAAAAAUAUUUAAAUAUUAUGCAGCAUUAGUAGAAAACAUUAGCUUGAAACUUGAUUUUAGCCCAUUUAAGAAGUCUGUACAGUACAAACUGAAGCUUCUGAGUGCUGGAAGGAUGAUGUGUUAUAUAACUGUCUCUAACUGUGGAAAACGUAGUUUAGGUGUUAAAAUAAUUGGGUUUUUUUUGUCACAUUAUGGAAUUGAAAAAUAUUUAGGGUUUUUAACUUGAUUAGCCAUAUUUAUAGAUCUGCAAGGCUUCUGAGACAGAGUGAAAUGAUCUCUCCUGUCAGCUGAUUUUUUCGUUGCCUGAACCAAAGCUGCUCUCUUUCUUUUCUCUCAUUUUGUAUUUGUUUUUUCAAUCAGAGGCCCAAUUUUCACAUCAUGAAACAAUGUGUGAUGCAGAUCAUGUCUCACUGUCUGUCCACCGACUUCAAAGUUUCUGUGUUUUACUUAAAAUGAUAACAUUCAGACAGUGACUGGUCAGAGGGGACUCACAUGUCACUAAACUUGUUGAAGACUCGACUGUAACAUCGUGUAAACUGAAGGUUUUCUUCAUUAUAGUAUCUAAACUCAUGAUUCAACAAUAAGAAGCCUUUUUUUUUACUAUUUCAGGAGCUAUGAAGGCUCUCCCUCUCUCUUUGCAGGAUAGCUUCUCUUUCCUCUGAUGCACACUGAGCAUCCCUAGCAGCAAUAAAAAGGUUUUGUGUUACUUUUUGUGUGUAGCCCUACUGUUUGAAAUCUAAUUCUGCUAAUUUAAUUUAUAGGAAAAAUGCAUGUUUAAUCGAAGCAGAAGUGCCGGUUGUAGCCUCUGAGAUCCUUUUUUUUUUUUUUUUUUGGUAGAUAUUGGUAAAGAGCGAGUGCAGUUUUGUUCUAGAUAUUUUAUUUUUUUAGAGCACUGUUUGCCUUCUUUGUCCAAUUUAAAGCAAUGUUGGGGUUUUUAGUUCCUGUAAGCCUGCACUCUUCUUUGAUUUCAAUAAUUCAAUGUUUGCUUUUUUUGUAGCUCUUUUUGCUCUUCUUCUGGGAUGAUUUACAGGAUAAAUCUGUGAGAUCUUUCGAACACAUAGAAGCUCAGAUUUUCUCCAAUAGUUUUAGAAAAUGCCACUUACUCUGCAGGUAACGGUUUUGUUUUAGUUAAAAUCUAGAACAAGAAACAGCUGCUUAAUUUGAUCUUGAGAAUUUACACGACUCUAGAAUGAUUUUUCGAUAUCUAAUCUUUCUUAUCUGCCUUCUUUUUUAUGUUUAUCAUAAAAAAAGGCUGCAUAAUAAUGUCAAAAAAUUUAGAUUGUAUCAUGCAGUUAAUUGCCACAAACUGCAGUUUUGAAAUCUUGAGAAGAUGUAUUUUUAAUGCAGUUUUUCUGUUUUCAUUCCUUUCAUUCAAAAUUAACAUUUUAACUUUAAAAUCAAGUGAAAAGGCAAAGUUAAGUUUUGGCCGUGAUGCCAAAAGGGGAAAAUAUAAUGCUGAUGUCUGCAAAUCUGAUGGUUUGGUUUCUGUGCCACAUGUCUCUAACCUGUUAUUCACACGUACAACAGCUGAGCCGCACUCCGCCCACGAAGCACAGUGCGGCUCAAAUCGCUCCCUGUCUAGUUGUUGUGAGCACUCACGCUGCCCGCGCUCCAAACUGCAUCAAUCCACAUGGAGCAGUUCAAUCCAGUCUGACAGAAAAACAUGCAAGGUGUCUAAAAUAUAAUGUAGAGACUACUGACAGUGAAUCGCCACUUUACCAACAUUACGUCUCAUCCUGUGGCAGAAGCUACAUUGGGAGGUCAGUGGGUCACAGAGCCGUAAAUGCUACUGAUGAGAAAAAAUUAACUUCUUAGGAAAACAACAUUUUAACUUCAUAAUGUACUCAUGACAGAAGCAAUAAAAUCAUGGAAUCAUGUUACAAUAAAUCGCAAAUCAUUGCCAUCAAAGAAAAUAAUCCACUUGAUAUAUUAUUCUGUUUUGAUCUCAUGCCCCCUCGUCUCGGUCUGCUCAGAGCUGCGCUGCUCUUUAGACACGCUUCCAGUGUGAGAAGUCGCUUGCCUUCAGUCGUUGCACAUCUUGAACACCAAGUAGCUGUUUUAUGUGUGAAUUAGAGGACAAAGAGGAGCAUUAAGAGCUAAAGCCCAACAAGUUUAAUUAUUUUUGAGACACAUCAGACCUUUGGUUUGACUGUAACAUCUUGUGCAUUUGUGCACAAUUAAUAUGGAGGAUUAAUACUGUGGAAGUAUCAGAAUACCACGCUCUGAAAACAUAGAAUCACUGGUGGGCUGUCAAGGACAAAACUACAACUUUGCUUCAUAAAUAUUGGCUGAAACGAAGAGAGCUGGUGGCAACACUUAUGCUGCGUCUCCACCAAGUGGUCUGCUUUGGUUUAGCAAUAGUGGAAAUAGCUGCGUCAGCUAUGUAACAAUGUAACAUGACUGUAGCCCAGAAUGGUGUAGCAUGCCAGUGAAUUUUAUAAAAAAGGAGCAACAAUGGAGGAGCUGAGGUGGUCCAUGGAGAAGUGCUGUGGACUGACGUCUAAAAAUACAAACAGAAAGCCUUGAAAUUACUCUCUUGAAAUCCACUGGAUUUUCAAGGAUGGGACCUUUCCAAACUAUUACAUUGGAAUUACAAAUAUUUGUGUACCAACCUGAACUGAGCAGAUUUUAUUGGUGGAAACACAGAAAACCUUCAGAAACAGACAAGUUCAAAUCAUGAUCAGCUGGCAAUUGAAACCACAGCAUUCAAAACAGAUUUCAGCUUUUUUCUCUCUCACUGUUUCAGUCAGGAGCAUGCAACAUAUCUUUCACUCACAGGUGAUUAAAUUCAAACAUUUUCAUGUGUAAAAUUAUUGAUCUGGUUGUAAGGGACAUGGUGCCGAGAACUGUGACGACCCAAAACAUAAGUUUUACAUCCAGACAAGCUUUAUUUACACAGAAAUGAAACAGUCCUACUCUCAUGUUAAAAUGAAAUGCCGUGUCUCUACUUCAGAGUCAAACUUUGUAUUUCUAUCUAGAUUUAAUUGAACUUUUGAGCCUUUCUGGCUAAAUCAAAGGGUCACUUCCUGCAGCAAUAUUUUCCUUUCUUCACAUUUUCUCUUCAUGUCCUUCGUCGUGUUGCCAAAAGCAGAGUCUAUGUUCUUUCUGCUGCUGAUGCGCUGCAGCAUGGAGGCCUUGUUUGCAGGUGAACAAGAUGUAAAACUCGUAAAUUACAUGUUGUAGUUUAUGAAUUCCCUAAUGAUUGUGUAUUUCUGUACAAUAGGUGAAAAAGAACUGUAAGAUAAAACAAAAGUUGAUCUGAACGUCAACUCUCCUGUAAAGAUUUUACUUGAGAUGUAAAUGACAUAAAGAAGGGGGGGUUAACUUGUAAAACUUGUAUAAUUAUUAUUUUUGUGCGUCUUUAAUGGAUCUCCAGACAGAAUUUUUACUUAACUGAUGUUUAUAGAUUUUUAUUUAUGUGUCCAGGUACAAAAAUGUUGUACAGAGGUGCAGCUUUGCACAUUCUUGUGUGCUUAUGUUUAGUAAAUGCUAUUUUUAAAUGUCGGGGAAAAAAUAAAUGCAUUAUGGAAUGCUCAGCAUAUCAACUGUCUGAUUUUUUAUUGUUUUAAUGAGUUUGACUGUCA